AUCCCCCAGCCAGGUGGCUGGGCUAACAAAAUGCCUACCAGGGAUGGUUGUGUGAGUGAAAGUAGGGGCUUGCCUGUUACAAAAAUGAAUUGGAGAUGCAAGUGCACUCAUCCUGUGAGGUUCUUAGGGACUGCUUUCUGUAUGUGAUGAUAGGACAUGCCUGAGGAUCGUAUGAAUCUUGUGGAUGUCUUGCCAGGCAAAACGGUGUAUUGAAAACCUACAGCAAGGAGGAGCUUGAACAUAGACAACCUCCUCCUGGAUGACCAAUGAGUAUCUCCCGUGAUGAUGUCAGAAACUAAACUAACCAUUCUGUAUCCGUUCCCAUUACAAACUCGUGUGAUGCAAAGGCUGCAAUUCAGCAUCCAAAAAACAUUGUUUUUAAAACUGUCUAGAUGAUUGUCGUUGCUUUGGUUGUGUUCUAUGCGAGCAGAAGCCUUCUUCAAGGUUUACGGCUGACCCUUGAACAGCACAUUCCCUGUUUGCUGCAAACCUUGGGGGGCAGCAACAUGGGCAACUCCUGUGUUUGUCGAGAAGACAGUGGUGCAGAAGACAAUGCUGAAUCCAGGAGUCGUCAGACAGAGAACAGCAGAGUACCUGCACCAGAAACAAGGAGCCACCUGAGGGACCCAGUACGGCCCCCCCGGCGGGGGCGGGGCCCACAUGAGCCAAGGAGGAAGAAACAUAAUGUGGAUGGAUUAGUACUUGACACACUGGCAGUAAUUAGAACGCUGGUAGACAAUGAUCAGGAACCUCCGUAUUCAAUGAUGACUUUGCAUGAAAUGGCUGAAACAGAUGAAGGCUGGCUGGAAGUUGUCCAAUCCUUAAUUAGAGUUAUUCCAUUAGAAGAUCCCCUGGGGCCAGCUGUUAUAACUUUACUCUUGGAUGAGUGUCCAUUGCCAACAAAAGAUGCGCUGCAGAAGUUGACACAAAUAUUAAGUUUAAAUGGAGCUGUUGCUCGCCAGGAUGCCUGCCACCCUGCUAAACAUCGGAACACAACCGCAGUACUGGGCUGUUUGGCAGAAAAGCUUGCAGGCCCUGCAAGCGUAGGUUUACUCAGCCAAGGAAUCUUGGAAUACUUACUGCAGAGCUUGGAAUUUCAGUCCCACCCAACAGUAAUGCUUUUUGCACUAAUAGCCCUGGAAAAGUUUGCACAAACAAGUGAAAAUAAAAUGACAGUUUCUGACACGUGCAUCAGUGACCAGCUUGUCUUGUUAGAGAAAUGGACGGAUAAUCCAGACUACUUAAAACGCCAAGUAGGGUUCUGUGCUCAGUGGAGUUUAGACAAUCUGUUUUUGAAAGAAGGCAGACAGUUUACAUACGAGAAAGUUGACUUGACUAACAUUAAGGCCAUGUUGAAUAGUAAUGAUGUUAGUGAAUACCUUAAGAUCUCGCCGCAUGGGUUGGAGGCCCGAUGCGAUGCCUCGUCUUUUGAAAGUGUCCGGUGUACCUUCUGUGUGGAUUCUGGGGUCUGGUAUUAUGAAGUUACAGUCAUUACUUCCGGAGUGAUGCAGAUAGGCUGGGCGACCAAAGACAGCAAAUUUCUCAAUCAUGAAGGUUAUGGUAUCGGGGACGAUGAGUACUCCUGCGCAUAUGACGGCUGCCGGCAGCUGAUCUGGUAUAAUGCCAGAAGUAAACCACAUGCCCACCCAUGCUGGAAGGAAGGUGACACAAUAGGAUUUUUACUAGACCUCCAAGACAAGAAAAUGAUUUUUUAUUUAAACGGGAACCAGCUUCCUGCUGAGAAGCAAGUCUUUUCUUCUGCUGUGUCUGGCUUCUUCGCUGCAGCUAGUUUCAUGUCUUAUCAACAGUGUGAGUUUAACUUUGGAGGAAAACCUUUCAAAUAUCCGCCAUCAGCUAAAUUUAGCACCUUUAAUGAUUAUGCCUUUCUGACAGCAGAAGAGAAAAUCAUUUUACCAAGACAUAGACGCCUGGCCUUGUUAAAGCAAGUGAGCAUCCGAGAAAAUUGCUGCACUCUUUGCUGUGAUGAAAUCGCUGACACAGAACUCAGGCCGUGUGGACACAGUGACCUGUGCAUGGAGUGUGCCUUGCAACUAGAGACCUGCCCUUUGUGUCGACAAGAAAUACAGACUCGAGUCCGACAGAUUGCUCACAUUUCAUGACAGGUGGAAAAUGGUAUCUCGCGGACUUGCCUCUGAUCCAUUCCAUCCAGUGCCAGAAGAGAGAAAGGCAACUCAACCCAAGCCACAGGCAUGCUGAAAGCCCAGCUGUGGAUCCAUUUUUGUCAGAAAGGAUGGCCAAUAGAAACCUAUUAAAUUGCUCCGCUGUCUCAGACCUGUGGAAUGUCUCUUUUAGCAGUAAUGGAAGUUGGUGGUGAAACUUGAGUUCCCUGUUGGCUUGUCUCCAGCCAAGACUGCUGGAGAGUCUCUCUUGAUUUCCUCCCCGAUCUUUCCUUUUUCUUCCCUCCUCCUUUUGCUGCUCCUCCCAGUUGCCUAUCAUAUACUGACUAUUUUGCACUGGAAACAUAUAAUUCAUAAUCUCUUAUAAUGGAGGGCAUAUCUGUUCCCUAAAAAACUUUAUUUUUGGCAGCCGUCAUGCAUUUACAACAAAAUACCAAUAUUUGUUGGUCAACGUAGCUUCCUGCUGGUCAGAGACCCUCUGUAUUUUUUGGACAGUUGACAUGAAAACAAGACUUGAAAUCUACAUGAAGAAACUGAUUUGUAAAGAAGAUAUGGAGACUAUAGAAAAAUCCAAUUUUUUUUUGAUAACUCGGCGAUUCCAAAGAACAUUGAUUCAUUUCUUUCUUUUUAAUUGCAGAAAAUUGGUGGCAUUUUCAUUCAUAGUGUUUCUAAACCCGUCAAUUUCAGUACAUACAUUUUUGUGAAAAGCUGAUUUUCAGGAGGAAUUCUUAUAACUGCAGUGCCCGACUGGAGAUAGUUUGAUAUUCUGGGUAUUUUUAAGGUACCACUGAUCAUUGCUCUUUUUUAAAAAUUCAGUAUCUGUUCUUGCAAGUUCUGUACAUUUUGAAAAAUAUUGAGCUAUAGACCUCAAGAUCUGGAAAGAAUAUGGAGCAAAUGUGUUAAUAUUGUUUUGAAAGAAAUACAUGUUUGAAUAGCAAGUCA